UAGACACGUUUAUUGAGUGCUUUCUCCUUGCCAAGGGGAAGCAGAAAUGUUUAGUGCUGCACUUUUUCUCCUGGAAAGGACACCCUGGAGUUUUUGGCAGCCUGGGCAGAGGGGUGGGGGACCCAGGAUUCAGGAUGCUGCCUGGGAAAAGUCCGCGACAGACAGUGGCCGCAGCAUGACAAACUGUCCGAGGCCCAGGACUCUACGCAGGCUCAGGGUCUCACCUGUGGAGAGCCUCUCAAGUCGGGGUGAUGUAGGGGAGGGAGGAAUCUAACAGAGGCAAAUGGGGGAGGGGACAGAGAGCAACUGGGGGUCUAGAUUUGGGACACUGAGUUGCCGCCCAGAGGAGAAGGGGAGGUGGGAGGGUUUUGUUUGAAUUGAAGAUGGGUUGGCCAAGGAGCCAGGAGUCUAGACCCGGGAGUUUGAAUCUGCGCGGAUUCUGUUUAAGAGGAGAGCUGAUCUGGGGGGAAAAGUGCAAAAAAAAAAAAAAAAAAAAAAAAAAAGCGGAAAGGGUGUCUGGGUGCUGCGGUGGAGCAUGCACUGACCAGGGAACGGCCAGCGCACGCCCCCUUCCCCAGUGCUCCAGCGGACACCCUCAUCCGCCCCAGGACUUGCUGGGCAGGGGAUCCAGCCGCGGGGCCUCCCCUCCCUGCUCGUGGCCUCUCCCCCGCGUCCCCUCCCCCGCUGAGCCGGCGGCAGUGGAGCCGCGACAGGAGCGCAGGGCACAGCUGUGGCGCGCUGGCCAUGGCGCGGGCUGCGGGCGCGCGGGGCCAGCCGGGGGGGUGCGGGCGGUGCGGGCGGCGCUGGAGGUGCGGGAGGCGCGCGCUGGCUGCCUGUGUGGCCUGGACCGCGAUCUGGGUGCUGGCGGCCGCGCUGCUGCUCCGCGCGCACCCCGGGGUCCUCUCGGAGCGCUGCACGGACGAGAAGAGCCGGCGCAUCCUGGCCGCGCUGUGCCGGGAUUACCAGGGCGGGGCGCUGGCAGGCGACCUCUGCGAGGACCUGUGCGUGGCCGGGAGGCUGCGGUACCGGCACUGCCUGUACUACGAGAGGGGCAAGAAGGUGCUGCAGGCGGACUGGCGAGGCCACCCCAUCAUCCUCAAGUCCAAGGAGGAGGCCUUCUCCAGCUUCCGGCCACCUGGCCUGAUGGAGGACCAAGCUGAGGACGGGGGCCAGGGCUUCCCGGAGGCAGAGCUGCUCCUGCUGGUGGCAGGGGAGGUCAAGAGCGCCCUGGGCCUGGAGCUGGCGGCUGGCAGUCUGGGGCGGCUGUGGCCUGGGCACCGGGGCACACGCUGGCGGGGCCAGCUGGCCAGCCUCUGGUCACUGGCACAACAGGAGGAGUUUGUGCUGCUCAGCAUGCUGCACGGCCUCAGCCCACACGCCCCGCCGCUGCUAGGGUCCUGCGGCCACUUCUACGCUGUGGAGUACCUGGCAGCAGGCAGCCCCCACCACAGGGCUCUCUUCCCCGUGGAUGGGGCCUCGCGGAGCCAGGCCCAGGCCAUCGGCGACAUGGCCCUCAGCUUCCUGGACCUGGUGAGACAUUUCGACAAUGACUUCUCCCACCGCCUCCACCUCUGCGAUGUCAAGCCUGAGAACUUUGCCAUCAGGAGGGACUUCACGGUCGUGGCUAUCGAUGUGGACAUGGCUUUUUUUGAACCUAAAAUGAGGGAAAUCCUCGAGCAGAAUUGCACGGGAGAUGAAGACUGCAAUUUCUUUGACUGUUUCUCAAAGUGCGAUCUCAGAGUCCACAAGUGUGGUGCGCAGAGAGUCAACAACAACCUGCAGGUGGUCUGUGACAAAAUAUUCCGACACUGGUUCUCCUCGACUCUCCAGAGCCCUGCCAUUUCCUUCCAGCUCCAGCGGCAGCUGCGGGAGGCUGUGCAGGAGUGUGCAGACCCAGGUGGCCCCCAGAGAGCUGCCUCCACCAUGUUCUGGAGGCUUCAGCGCCUCCUCCGAGCUGUGCUGAGGGAACUGCGGGAGGCGGAGAAGUAGCCUUUCAAAUGCUCGCUCAGGAGAGGUGACUGACCUCUGCGUGGUUUUAAAGAGGAGACAUUGUCACUAUGCAAAUGAUGGUCUCUGAGACACUGUGGCUCCCAAAGAGUGAGGUCAAUGAACACCUUCUCCACCAUGCAUCCACUGUUGUGGUGUGCGUGUCCUUCUGUCCUGUCCUGGCUCGAUUCCUUGGAGAGACAAUCCUGGCCUCUGACCGUCACUUUUUGGAAGGCGAUAUGAGGGAGGUGGACACAGAGCUUUUUGCUGUUGGAGGGCCCUCACUUCGAAACAGCACAAAUGCCAACGUGCAAUUGCUCUCGAGAAAGUGCUCAUCGUCAGAACAGAUGUUUCCAGCUGUUCUCGCUGCAAAUGGUUGUCGGGUAAAGACGUGCACAUGUGUACAUAGUUGUGUGUACGUGUGUGUACACACAUGUGAGCACACAUGCCUAAGUGAGCAGGUGAGUGUGGACAAGUGAGAGUAAACAGGAGAGUGUGUGAGGUGCGUGUGCUGUGGGACGGGGGAAGGUGGUCUCUCCAGUGCGUCCUGUGGGACCGCUGGCCUAGCUAGCCAAGGAAGUCUCCUUUCCUUUGGAAUGAAACAAUAAAAUCAGCAGUUGUUUUGUUAGGCAGUGCGGUUUGUGUUGGAGUGUGUGAGAGAGACCUCAUAUUAGUUGUGAGGGCCCCGUGGACGCUGUGGGCUGUUUCAGGGAGCUCCUUGCCUCUCCGUCUGUCCUCCCGGUGCAGUCCAUCCUCCCGGGGAGGCACUUUCACAGUGACAAACCCCACACUAUUUGUCUGUGCCUUGCCCACCCUUUCAGAUUCAGGCCAAGGGGAACAGCCUGCUUGUGUUGUUUGCACACAUUUUCCUAGGUUGGCACCUCGGCCGGCUCGGUGCGGUGACAUGUGAGGCGGAGAACAAGCUAAGGCCCGGCAGCUCUAAGUUCCGUGGCUCCUGAGCGGCGUCUGAAGGCCCGCGGUCACCUGCUAGGCCGCUCAUCACUCCCUUGCACUGUCUCACACGAAUGAAGUUCGUGAAGGACCCCUCUCCUCAUAAACAUGAACACCUCCCUCUGCAUCGGCGCUCCCUGCGGGAAGCAGGACGCCUGGCCGUCACUUUGUGGCAGAAGAAAAUGAACACCAACGUUUGAUUCCAGAGAGAAGAGAAUGGCCUUUGCCUCGGAGGGGAAGCGAGGCUCUUUGGUGCUGGGGUCUCAGGGAACCAGCCCUCUGGUUGGGGUCUCUGUGAGCCAGAGGUUUCCAUGCACACGGUGUGCAGCAGAGGGCGAGGAGGGAGGGCAGCGGGCUUCGGGGUAUGUUGGCUUUGGCACUGUGAGGGCGGAGCGUCUCAGGUGGGUUGACGGGGUUGAGAGCCGCCCUGAGUGCUGGCCCGGAGCUCCCUGGCCAGGCAGGAGGUCUGUCCGGAAAGGGAAGAGGUUUGCUCUCAUUUUGACCCGAAUGGAAACAUGUUUUUGUUUAUCAUGGAAACUAUGCAAUAUGUACUCACCCAACACAAUAGUGUUUUUAUUGUUGAAAAAGUUUUAUCCCCUUCCCCUUGCGUUUGACUUCUCGCCACGCCCUCCACCUCUCUCUGUCUCACACACACCCACACACACUCACAUCCUUUUCCCAUCCCGCCUGCGGAACUGCAUUUACAGCAGUGUUCCUUGAACUAUCCGUGGUAAAGUUUCACUUUUAUUUUUUUAUUUUUUUAUUUUUAGUUUUAGUUUUCAGUCCCUUGCAAAAUAAAACUUUUAUAUAAUACAAUAAACACACAAGGUUGUGUCAGUAUUUAAUAUUGUUAAUGUGACAA